GUGGCGGCGUGCGGAGAUGGCGGCGGCGGUGCGCGGGGCCAAGCAGCGCCUGCGGGCCGAGCUGAAGCAGCGUCUACGGGCCGUGAGCGCCGAGGAGCGCCGACGCCAGUCUCACCUCCUGACGCAGAAGGUGCUCUCACACCCCCAGUACCAGAAGGCCAGGAGGGUCUCCAUCUUCCUGAGCAUGCCGGAUGAGGUGGACACGGGGGCCAUUGUCCACGACAUCUUCCAGCAGGGCAAAGCCUGCUUCAUCCCGCGUUACCAGCCUGGGAGCAGCCACAUGGACAUGGUGCGACUGACCUCCCCGGAUGAGCUGGCCGCCCUGCCCAGAACCUCCUGGAACAUCCAGCAGCCUGGCGAUGACGAGGUGCGCGAGGAAGCCUUGUCCACAGGAGGCCUGGACCUCAUCUUCAUGCCGGGGCUCGGCUUCGACACACAAGGCCACCGGCUGGGGCGGGGCAAGGGCUACUACGAUGCCUUCCUGCGGCGCUGCCUUGGCCAACAGCCGGCCGCACCCUACACUCUGGCCCUGGCCUUCCGCGAGCAGGUGUGUCCUUACGUCCCCGUGGAUGAGGGUGACAUGCGGGUGGACGAAGUGCUGUUCGAUGAGGAUCCUGCAUCUCCCACCUGCUGACAGGCCGGAUCGUGCCACCUCCAACAGAGCCUCCGGUGUCACUUUGUCAUGAUACAGCCAUGUUGCCCUCCACACGUGGGGUAGGCGACCAGGUAUCUCUGCUGUGUCGCUGGGGCCCUGCAUCCCAUGGAGACAUGGCCAGAACAGCAUCAUCUCCUGUCAUCUGAGGGGCCCUGGCGCUGAGUACUGCCUGCGGUCAACUCUGUGCCCUUCCCCUUGGAAUGACCUGGGAACAGCCUUGGGACUCAGGUCAAACCUGGGCCUGGACACCCUCACCUUCUGCCCGGAUACCCUCACCUCCUGCCCGAAUACCCUCCUGCUUAGACACCCUCACCUCCUGGACACCUUUGUUUCCUUCUGGACAUCCUCCCCUCCAACCCAGUGCCCUCACCUGCUACCUGGACACCCUCACCUGCCUAGAUACCCUAUUCGUGGUUGCUGCCCCAUGGCACUCACUCCUGGCCAGUCUGCAGCAGAAAGGGUGGGUAUGUGGCUUGCAGGUUCAAAGGCCGUAGAGUGCAGAGCUGGUGGUUCAGGGUCCAGUCGUAUCCCCUGGCUGGACUCCCACCCCAUCACCCUGGUCAUGGAGUGAGAGGGCACUUGGCUGGGCUAUGCAGAGGGCAGUGGCCUCCCGAUACUUGCGGGGGUUGGCACUGCACAGCCCCAGGGGAGCCUGGGCCUCUGUACUAAAUGAUGUCCAAUUUCUUCCUUAGACAUUUUCAUCAGCCAUGAAAAAUGGUUGGUCUUUUGCUGACAUUUCAGCCUUGGGAAGUCAUGUGCUCUAAGAGGCACAAGCUUUGCAAGGUAUUUGGAGCAGAAGAGGGGGAGGGACCCCAAGUCUGUUGUGGGACUGGUAACUGCUUAAGGAGGUGCUGGUCUCUCCCACCGCCCCAGCUGAGGGGUCUCCUCCCUCCCCCCACAGGUGUAGUGCACCGUUCCCUGGGACCCCAAACCAGCUUCCCCCCCUCUUUGGGCAUCUGGCAAGGUGGGGCCUAUGCUGUCCUCUCUGGGGUGCAGCAGGCAGCUCCGUGCCAGCUCAUCACUAACUCCCUCAUCUACUUCCCAUGGCUUCUUGGGGCCCAGCCAACCCCCUGAGGCUCUUAUUUGAAGCGGUAUAUUACCACCUCAGGAUGCUGCCAUGUCCCCCUCCCUCCUAAGCCAUCUAGACCCUCCUCCCAAGCUCAGCUAGUACCUGGGGACAGUGAAUCCUCCUUGGUGACUCGUGUGGCCACUGGGCCUGCAGCGCCCUGUUUGGGGCAGGCAUCCUGGGGAUACCUGGCACAGAGUUCCCUGUAACCCUCACUGUGCCCUCCAGCUCCCACCUGUCCUGGCCAUAGCCUGGCGACCCCGGGAGCCAGCACGCCUCUUGUUUCUGUCCAUCUGUAACCUCGGGGGAGGGAGGGUGCUGUGCCCAUGGCCCAGGUGCUGCCCGCUUGCAUCCUCCUGGCCCUCAACUGUACCCGCUUCCCAACCUCCACACUAAGUGACAAGCAUUUCCAGGGCACCUUGGCUGCUCUGCCUCUCCAGAUCAUCGUUUUUUAUGUGGCAACCCAAAAAAUGAUGAUUCGU